UACGGAAAAAAUACAGUACUCGCACGAUUGGUUUGUGGUUAGACAUCAUAUAUACGUAUAUAUAUAAAUAUACGUGUGUGCGCACAUACACGCGGGUCGAGUUCGAAAAAGAUUUUACGACAUUCCCGGUGGUCCCGCGCGAAUGAUCUCGCGUCUCGGACACCGCGAGAACACGGUUGGGAAAUACGACGAAGAUGGACGUACCACGCUUUGAGGUAUUUGUAGGUAGUUCUCUACGAUAGCGUGACGUGUCGAGAGAUUGUCCCGUUCGAAAAUUACCGGAUCGUCCCGGUGAAAUCCGUUUAAUCGUUAAGACGACUCGUGAGCUUCGAAAAUGUCCGUGACCUUCGCGCAACGCGGCAGGCCACCUCCGAAUCCUGCCCAGAUACAAAAGAUGCUCGAUGAGAACAGCCAGCUUAUACAGAUGAUUCAAGAGUAUCAGAACAAGGGCAAGGCACAGGAAUGUAUACAAUAUCAACAAAUAUUACAUCGCAACUUGGUAUAUCUGGCAUCUAUCGCUGAUGUGAACCAGAAUCUUCAGACUUUAUUACCUUUACCUCAAGGUAUCUCGAAUGGUCCUCAGCAUGGUAUGAUGAAUCCUCAAGGGCUUCCAAGUGGUCCAGGUGGUACAACUGGUCCUGGGGGAGAAAUGCCACCAAAUACACAGCCAGCAAUGCCAAUGUCGACAUUCAAUCAAGGUCAGCCAAUGGCGCAAGGGUACCGUGGACCUGUAAUGCCUGGUCAAGGACCUGCUAUAAAUAGGCCUCCCACCGCACCAGGUCCACAGCAGUACAGAGGUCCACAAGUUUAUCCUCAGCAACCAUCUCAACAAGGGUAUCCUGCUCAAUAUACCGGUCAAAAUCCUGGCUCAAACUACCAAGGUCCACAAGGAUCUGGAUACACGCCUGGUCAACCAAACCAAUAUGGACCGCCAAACGCUACCCAGCAGCAAGGAUAUAGUGCAGGGACACAGCCAAACUAUGGUCCUCCAACUACAGUGAACAGUUAUGGUCCGCAGCCAGGUGGUUAUCCGCCGCCGGGUACAGCUCAGCCACCCUCUGGAUACGGACCACCACCGCCAAAUCAACAAGGCUAUCCACCUUCAAACGCCUCCCAGCAAAAUUUCUCAUCAGGUAGUCAACAACAACAACAACCAGGACAAUAUGGCAGUCCUAGUCCACAACCAAAUUAUCAGCAGCCUCCGUCCCAAGCGCCACCUCAAAACGCGUACGUCGCUGGACAGCCCGGAAGUUAUCCUCCUCCAUCCUCGCAGGCAUACGCGAAUAAUGUCCCGCCGCAAAAUUAUCCGCCACCCCCGACAACUAGCGCGACUCAGCCCGGUCCGCAACCUGGGUCUCAACAAAACGCGGGUCCGCAACCUAAUUACGUUAGCCAACCAAGUCCAGGUCCUGGCGCGACGCAGUAUGGUCCCGCCUCUACAUCUCCACCAUUUAGCACCUCCUCCGCAAGCGGCGGCAAUACUUACGCCCAAAGCAGUCAACCGACGAGCACGCCGUCUGCCUCGACGCAGACGUACCCGCCUAAUAGUGGUCCGCCACCGACGUCGCAGGGCGGAAGCUACGCACCCCCGGUGCCACCAUCCCCCUCUGGAUAUCCCGUUCAUCAAACACCGCAUCCGACAUCGCACCCCCCGCAUCCACCGCCACCGCAUCAGUCACCGCAUCAACCGCCGCACACCCCGCAUCAGUCACCUCACCAACCAACACAUCAAUCAUCCCAUCAACCACCCUCGCAUCAAUCACCACACCAGCCACCGCAACAAUCUCAGCAACAGUCGCAAACAGCUCCACAGACGCAACAGCAACCGUCUCAGAGUCCAGCACCGAGUGGAUUUCAACCGCCGUCUGGUCCACCACAGGGUCCUGCCCCACCACCAGGACCUCAACAACAACCUGCCUAUGGACCUACCACUACGCAAACAUAUGUUCCACCGACUCCAGCAGGGCAACCACAGAUUUACAGUCCUCAUCCACCACAAGGGGGACAACAUUAUGGACAUCCUCAGUAUCCUCCUCAAAGUUAUCCCCCACCGCCAGCAGGGCAAGGAUAUCCACAGUAUCCACCACGACCACCUGGUGGACAUAUGCCUCCCCCACCAGGACCACAAGGACCACCACCACCUAAUCAAUAUGGAGGUUACGGUUAUCAGCCACCCACACAAUAAAGUACACCAGUAAACACUCAUAAACUUACAUAAAGUAGAGAUCCACACCAUGAAAAAAUAGGAUAGAGAGGACCCGAAUCGGGAACAAGCGGCCAGUCACCCAAAUUUGCGAAGAAUUCAAUAUCCGGCAGUGUUACUUUGCGCGCGAGUGACAACAGUAUAGCAUCCAUAAAUAUUUUGAAGCCAACGUACUGGCCGUAACAUUGCCUAUAAACCUAGUUUAAUGUAGUUUAAAUCAACAUUAAGUAAACAUUACAAAUCAACGAUAUUAACAUAAUAUUUACUCUGUUAGAUUUCAAAACGUAAUGACAAAGACUGAUGCUGGUUGGUCGGUCAUAUCUUUUGAUAAUGGUUUGACGUACUUUAUCGAAGUCAAUAUUUGAAAACGGAGAGAGAUCACGAUAUAUUUGAGUGUAAUUUUGUUGACAUUGAUAGUGAUUUAGCCAGUUAGUGAUUGAUGGAUUUGGACAGUAACAUUCUUCCUCAUAAACAGGACCUAAAAACUCAAUUUUUGUUAAAUUUUAGGUGAGAGUUUAGAGAUCUUACAUAGUCAAUAAUAUUGUUAAUAUUAAUAGACAUUGACAAUAUUAUUAAUUGUAUGUGAUUAAUUGACGAUUUGAUAUAGAAUAUUGACAGUAAUAGUCAUUGAAUUUAAUUCUCAAGCAUCAAUCUCUUUAACACAUGGAUAAUAUCUCUGUUAUAGAGCGAUAUUGUUGCUUGAAAACCAAGAAAUUCAAAUCACUAUUCUAUAUUAAUAUCAUUAUCAUCAUUAAUAUUGUCAGUAUUAUCAUUAACAGUUUAUUAUUGAUCUUUGUAAUGUACAUAAAAUAUUAAUAAUUAUUAUCAAUAAGAUUGUACAACAUUGUAAAAAUCUUGAUGCAAACUGUCAAUAUUUUAAUGAUUCAAUAUUACUGAUCAGUAUUGAAUGUGAGCUCCUAAUAAGGAAAACAGACAUUUAUACCUUUGAUCUCUGAAUGUGGUAGUGGUAAUUCUUUUCCUUUGAUUUUCACUUUAAUCUUAACAUCGAAACAGGUAUUAAAAACUUUGUAACGUAUUAUAAAACUACCAUCUUUACAGUCAAAGAUUUGGGACCACACGCGACAUGAUGCACCAUUGAGAGAUUGUCCAUAUAUUUGUCCAGUGACUAUAUUUUCACCUGGAGAUUUUGUCAAACUAGAAGUAAUAUUAUAUGAAUCAGAUAACUUGUAACUAUAUUAAUCACUGAUGUAUUUAUAAUUUACUAGCAGUUGAAAUUUCCCUCUUUGAAAAUUGUUACACAAUUAAAAAUUUCAAAAUAUUGUAUAAAAAUAAUAUCCAAUUCUCCGUUACUGUAGAUUUUUACUAUUGUAAAGAUAUACGCACUAUUUGGAUUAUUAUCUUUAAACAUUUAAUAUCCUCGUAUACAUUUAUUUUGUCACCAAUUUAAUAUACAAUACUGAAAAUAAUCUAAUGUUAAUGUCAAAACAUUUUUUAAUUUAAAUAUAUUAAAUUUUUUUUUUCCCAGAAAAACUGAAUAACUUUUAUAUAUACUUGAAUAAUUCCUUAAUUAUUAAGGUAGUAUGAAAGUUUUGGCCCCUCUCUUUGGCAUUAUUCUUAUUACAGUGUGUCAACAUUCUAAUAAAUAUCGUAAAAAAUUAUAUAUUAGAAAGAUAACAUCAAGGACUGUCUAUAAUAAAAAAUUGGUUUGUGUUUACAAUGCUAUCUUGUAUCAACAAAAAUAAGUUUAAAAAAGUUCUUAUUUGUAAUAUAUUGUAAAAAGAUAUAAAAACAACAGGAAUUUCAAAAUAA